GUCGGUCCAACUGUCAGGCAAUUUUUUUAGUCUGCUUAUAAUUCUGCUUCAAAACACAAUGACUACGUGGACGUUAUUCAUUCUCUUUUUUCUGUUUCCAUUUCUUGAAUGGGGUGGAUAUUCAGUUGGUGCUGAAAAAUACGACGACAAUGAUGAGGUCAAACUGUACGUCAACAAAGUUGGUCCAUACAACAACCCUCAUGAAACCUAUCACUAUUAUAGUCUGCCAGUCUGCAUUCCGGAAAAGAUUGAGCAUCGUAGCAUGUCUUUGGGAGAGGUACUCGAUGGAGACAGAAUGGCCAAAUCAUUGUACAAAUUGAAAUUCAAGACUGAUGUCGAAAAGAAAAAACUUUGUACAUUGAAUCUGAAGAAGAAAGAGUUGGAGAAGCUGUCUGAAGCUAUCGAAGAUCAGUAUUACUUUGAAUUUGUUGUGGAUGAUUUACCUUUGAGAAACUUUGUUGGGCACCUGGAAGAGGGACGCCUCUUCCCCCACACCCACAAAAUCUCUGUCUGGACCCAAUACGAAUUCAUCUUUGAGUACAACGAUAAACAAAUCAUUAGCGCCAAUGUCUCCGUGAGCGAUGGCGUCGAAUUACCCGAGACCAUCGAAACCGACUUCGAAGUAACUCAAACUUAUAGCGUCAAAUGGAUUCCCACCAGUGUGAAAUUCGAAGAUAGGCUGGAUCGUUUCAAAGCCCGCAAGUUUUUCCCAGUAACGCUGGAAAUUCAUUGGCUUUCCGUCAUGAAUUCGAUGGUUUUGGCUUUCCUACUCAUCAGCUUUGUCGCCGUCAUCUUAAUGCGCAUCGUCAAAAAAGAUUUCGCUCGUUACAGUGAAGAUUCAGCAGGAGGUGAUGUGGACGAGUACGGCUGGAAAAUCAUCCACUCUGACGUGUUCCGCUUCCCGCAGAGGAAAAUGCUGUUUUGCGCCGUGUUGGGUGUCGGGUCCCAGCUGUUGUGCAUGGCGGCAAUUAUCAUCGUUCUGGCUUUAGCCGGACAAUUUAACGUUCAUCGCCAUGGAGCCGUUAAUGCGGCUUCUUGCUUUCUCUACGCUCUGACAUCCGUCGUCAGCGGUUUUGUGGCUUGCCGAUUUUUCAAACAAAUGGGCGAAGGAUUUCGGUGGGUUCAGUGCGUUCACCUGACGUCGUGCCUUUUCGCCGUCCCAGUGUUUGUCCUUUGGGGCAUUCAAAAUACGGUGGCUUGGAUGUAUCACUCUACUCAAGCUCUACCUUUUACCACUGUCCUUCUCAUGAUGAUGGUCUGGCUCUUUAUUGGUUAUCCAUUGACUGUCUUGGGAGGAAUUUUUGGCAAGAAUGUGGCAGCCGACUUCGACGCACCCUGUCGGGCCAAGAACAUUCCCAGGGAGAUUCCGGCGACUCCUUGGUACCGAUCCUGGAUGAUCCACUAUUUGGUCGGUGGAUUCCUUCCUUUUAGUGCCAUCUCGGUUGAACUGUACUACGUCUUCGCUACCCUGUGGAGCCGUGAACCCUACACUCUCUACGGAAUCCUCGGUUUGACCUUCAUCAUCGUCCUUUGCGUCACAGCCACCGUGUCCAUCGCGUUAACUUAUUUUCAACUGGCCAUCGAAGAUCACGAGUGGUGGUGGCGAUCCAUCUUCUCGGCAGGAUCCACUAGCGUUUUCAUCUUUCUCUAUGCAGCUUUUUAUUAUUUCCGUCGCUCCAACAUGUCGGGUUUCUUUCAGACCACCGAAUUCUUUUCAUCCAUUUUCAUCACUUGUUACGCCUUUUUCCUGGCCCUGGGCACGGUGGCGUUCUUCGCGUCGCUCAAGUUCGUGCGAUACAUUUACGGCAGUAUUAAAAUGGACUGAGCUGGUUGUCGGUCCGUUGCCAUUGGAAUCGAAUGUCUUCAUAACAAUCGUUAUGUUGAAGUUAAACUGAUUGUUACCAAACGCACAUCGUUGGAUGGAUCACUCAUCGUACCAACCAAUGUGUGCUCUCCCUAUUCAUGUAUUUCUCUUAACCCCGAUCUGUUGUUAUGUAAUGUCGAUUAAAACUUAAGUUUGUUUGACAAUU